AUGGCGGGGAAGUCGAAGCAGGGGAAGGAGGGGGGAGGAGGAGGAAGCAAAGGAGACGAAGGAGCUCUGAAUGCGUUUCUCAAGUGGGCGAGCGACGAGGAGGCUGUGAGGAAGUGGCAGCGGGAGAUCAAUCUCAGGAAGAUUCUUGGCACCAGGCCGAACGUGAUGUCCAAGGACAAACGCGAGAGAGGAAAUGGAGUAUUAGCACGGUUGACCAACUUCUUUCCUGACGAGGUGGCGGAAGGAGCAGCCAUCAUCGCCUCCAGGGUGCCCGAGGAGAGGUGGAACAUGCUCGAAUGGAACGGAGAUGCCUCGCAGCCCUGCUUGGAUGGAAUAUCUGCAGCCCAUCGCUUCGGAGCUGUGGUGGACCCUAGCGACCUAGUCGGAGUCUCAGAGUUGUAUCAUGUACUCUCCGGUCUGAUGCCGCCAUCGGCUGACAGGUACAGCGCUUUCCAUCUGGGUAGGCUGCAGCAGGGAGACUUUGUUGGAUCGCAAGACGAUGCUGCUUAUUGCGUCGUUGAUCGAUCAGUCAACGACCCCUCUAGGUCUGGCAUCGCCAAGUGCUCCAGGGACAUCGCAGUCAUGCUGUUCCUCGGCAAGGACCAGGGCAAAGGAGGAAGCAUCUUCAGAGACCUCUACCACGAGAUGCCAACCGCUGCGGACAGUUACGAGCUUGAGUUUAACUCGCUGAUGGCCUUCCACGUUCCUCGGGAGUACGAACUUACCAUCAAUCAGAGUGAUUCGACUUGUUUCUUCCUCUUCGGGUGGUUCCUCAAGGAAGGAGAGCUCUACGAGCUUGAAGAGAGCAAGGGACCAGCUGAGUGCCAGCAGGGGCUGAGCAAGAAGAAGAGCGUGAAGCUGACGGCCAAGAGGAAGUUAAGGGCAAGGAGGGAGGAGGCAUAUCAGGUGCCCGCAGAGUUCCUGAAGCUGGCGGAGGAGCGAGAGGAAGCGAGGAGAACCAAAGACUUCGAACGGGCCGAUCGCAUCCGAGAGAUCUGCAGCAGCGCCGGACUGAAGUUCAACGCGGGGGGGAGGCUGAUGAAGAGCAAGGACUUUAGUGAGAAGCUCGUGAAGGAGGCGCUGCUCAAGCUGCAGGAGAAGAGCAACCCUUCGUCCUCGUCCUCCUCUGCCUCAAAGUCAAGAAAGAAGGAGAGCAAGACUGAACGUAUCCUGCGGCAGGCGCGAGAGGCUCAGGAAGCAGAGGGGAAGAAGGAGGAGAGGAAAGGAGAGGAGGAAGAGAAGAAACCGAAAGAGCACAAGAAGGCAAAGGAAGAGCAGAGCUCCGAGCUCGCUGGCAGCUCAACACCAGCAGGAGAGAAGGAAGAGAAGAAGGCGAGCAAACGAGAGGAUGUGAAACGAGCAGGGAAGAGAAAAGCAGAGGAGGAGGAGGAGGAGAAGGCCAUGGCAGCAGCAGCAGUCAAGAAAGAGCCCAAGAAGCCCAAGAAGCCCAAGAAGCCCAAGGACGAGGAGGAGGAGAAGGAGGCAGAGGAGGGGGCUGCGGUAAAGGAGGUGAGCAGGAGGGAGCGGAACCAGCAGAAGAAGCUUGACAUGAUCAAGAGGAGAGGAUGGUUGGGGGUGAAACAGUGA